AUCAUGCGGAUACCAAGAACGGCUCUCCCAGCGCAACACUUCCUAGUGGAGCUAGACCUUCCCAUGCAAUGACAUGGCGCUUGGUUACAGCCAAUCACAACUCAGGUGAACAUCUUGAGAAAGGUAGGGCAGAACAGAGGAACCUUUCUCCUAUUCGAGAGGAACCCGCGGAGGAGCCCCAUCCCGUCAGUCCUUUCGGAAUAAGAGGGAUACGCCAGGUGAACCCUGAGGACAGGCCAAUAAGACCUGCGGUGGGAGAAAGACAAAAAACAUUUGAAGAUUUUCUCGAGGAGCAGCUCAAAGUCGAGGGAAACUCUCUGUCAGAGGCAAAUCAGAGCGAUAAAGACACCCAGAUGCAUCCAAAGAAGUUCUUGAGAAAAGGGGAUGGUGUGACCAGCAUUGGCAAGAUCAAAGUCAGAAUUUCCGAUUUGCUUAAGUCACCCAGUGAAGUAGUAGAUCGGUGGGAAGAUACUGCUGCUCAGAAUGUGGGCCAAAUAUUUGUAGAUAAGAAAGCAAAAACUACCAAGCAAAAUGCCACGAAAUCGAUCACGGCUGCUGCAGGACACCUUCGCUGCACUGUUGAGAAUGACGCAAGUCCAGUAUCCCAGUGUCAGACUUCAGUUAGUUACAUAAGUGCAUCACAUGCAUCUGAGAAUAAAAGGACAGACUCUCAUGAUCACAUCCAGUACAGCAACUUAAGGACAAACAGCCUCCAUCAGACCUCUGCAACUUCAUCAGACAGAAAGGUCACCUUUGGGGCAACACCACAGACUGCAGGCGGUGUUGCCUUUAAAAAGGUAAAUGACCAGAUUGUGCGUGUGUGCCAGAGAGCUCCUCGUGGCACAGACAGGGUCCAGUCCAGCAUCGAGCCUGCCGUGCCAGACAUGCUUAGCCUAGCCACAGAGCUUACGCAGUCUCUGCACUGCGCUACCUCAGGUGAGAGCAGCGGCAGUGAGGAUGACCCUGAGUCACAGUGUCACAGGGACCCCAUGCCCCCAACCCCACCUGCCCCUUGUCAGGAGUACCAUAACCUGGACCUAUCAGAUGGAGACUAUGCCAGCGAUGCCCCCAGUGAGGCUGGGCCUUGUCGCCCUGUUCAAACCCGGACCUGUAGCAUCAACAGUCCCCAGCUCCCCUACUCCAGUGACGACAGUGACUCAGAACUAACACACUUGAGCUGGAACAGGACAGACCAUUCAAAGAAACCAGCAGAGGUCAAAAUGAUGUCUGCUUCACAGCUGCUCGCCAGCAUUUUCCCCCAGAUUGAGCCUGCUGACAAAAAGACUGUCAAUGACAAACUGAAAGAGAAAUUUGUGAGCGCAAAGAACAAUAGGCAUGGUGAUCGGGCACCAGCACAAACACAGAGAGAUCUUACUCAAGCCAUUAAGGCUGAAGUGAAACAUGACACAUUGUUGGAUGAAUUAAAAAACAAGCAGGACAAGGCUAUGCAGUUUCUCAGAGAUAGCAGGAGAAAUGAUGAAAAAUCCACAAGGGGCGAAAUGGAUAAUGGCGUUGCCCUGCUCCAUCAGCAGAUCCAGGCUAUGCAGGAGCUUGUCCAGCAGAAGGACAAGGAGUGGUCCAGGGCUCAUGGGCACCUGCAGAGCCGUAUGGACUUGCUAAUAAGGGAGAACCAGGAACUGAGAGGCAGGCUCACCAGGGCCGGCCCUGCCACUCAAACACCUCCCCCACUUCACCAACCUCUCGUUAACGCUACAGAACAGCAGAAGUCCUCCAAGCAAAUUAGUGUGGGCCACCACUCCAGAAUUCCUACUCCUGCUUUUGAUAACACUCAGGACCCUCAUAAAGCAGCUCAAUCAAGGAUGUUUGUGCCAAAUCAAACCUUUCAUACCAGUGUCCAGAAAGCCAAAGACCAAAGACCAAGCACACCCUUCAGAAUGUCCUCCGCAAACUCAGGAAGCCUUGAGGGCACACAGAGCCAGGUCACACACCACAGGUCGCACGUCAAUAAUGGCAGAAAGGCAUCAUGGGUGUCCGAAGACAGCCCGAGGAAGCUAUUAGACCGGCCAUAUAAGACCUGGACCCCCAGAGGCAGACGGACACCACCGGUCACCCAGACAACCUCCUCUGAUUCUGAUCACAUGGACAAUAAUAAACCAUCAGCACUGCAGGGCACGGAGAAUGACGUGAGAGAGGAAAUACUCUACCCAGAUGGAAAGGUUGAACAAAUUCUUUCCUCUGGUUGCCGAAUUGUUAUAUAUCGAAAUGGUACCAAAAAGGAAGUAUCCGCAGAUGAGAAAUCAGUGACGAUUACAUUCUUCAAUGGUGAUGUCAAACAAAUAUUAGCUGAUGGUAAAGUGGUGUACUACUAUCAUGAUUCUCAGGCAUCACACACCACAUUCCCCUCUGGCCUGGAGGUCCUGCACUUUGCAAAUAACCAAACAGAAGAACAUCAUCCUGAUGGUAGCAGAAAUAUUAUUUUCCCUGAUGGCACAAUCAAGCACAUUUUCCCUGAUGGUCGAGAGGAAAGCACCUUUCCCGAUGGCACUGUGGUUAAGUUAACAGAGAAUGGGGAAAAGUCUGUGGACUUCACGAAUGGACAGCGCGAGAUUCACACUUCACUGUACAAGAGGAGGGAGUACCCAGAUGGAACUGUGAAGACAGUGUAUUGGAAUGGAAGACAAAAGACACGUUCAACAGGGAAGGUCGGCAUCAGGCACAAUGAGAUGACUAGGGUUAAAAAAUAAGGAUUCCUUUCAACUAUUGUUUAUUUUGUUUUAUCAAAAUGUGCAUACCUUAUAUUCCAUCACAUCUAAUGCUAAUAAUACAAUGCUGUCAUUUUGUCAUUUUGUAGAAAAUGUAUUUCAAAUAUGUAACCUAUGUGUGGAGUGUAGUCUGCUUUAUUUUUUUUUACUAGACUUGGAUGAAUUGCAUAACCUAUACUCAGUAAUAGGCCUAAUGUCCAAUACACCCAGAAAGUAAGCAAAUACGCCACCUUCAUCUCAACAAACCAGGCUUAGUGCAGUCAUUCUCACAAUCACCAAAUAAGCUAUGACAGAUUUAGCAUAUAGGACUACUAUUAUGUCAAACUGACCUGUUUAUUUGAUAACCUGGUUUUUUUUUAUUUAUUUUUUUUAAUCAGAUUUUCCUGGUUAAUGUGGAAACGGUGGCCAUUAAGCAUAAAGUGAUUAAAAAGUCCUGAUGAGAAGAUUAA